AUGUCGACAAUUGAGUGCCUGCUGCACCCUCACCACAUCUCGCUCGUUGACACGCACUCGUUGCGGGCCAAGCUCAACCAUAUGGGCGACGCUUACUACAACGUGGAUGGCUUGCCCUCGCACCGCGGGGUGCUGGCUCCAAAGUUGGAUGUUUUCGAGUUGGAUGGGAACACGGCCGGAUGGCUUCUCGUUGGCGAUAUCCCAGGGGUCAAUUCCGUCGAUGAUAUCAAGAUCGAAUGGUUGGAUGGAACUACCAUCUUCAUUCGUGGAAAGACGGCAACCUCAUCAAUACCAACCUUUGGUGAGACCGGAAGCAAGAUCAUGAAAACUGUUCACAAAGAGAGACAUGAAGGGUCCUUUGAGCGUUCGGUCACGUUGCCCGCAAAGGCCAACCCGAGUGAGACAAAGAUAGAGGUGAAGGAUGGAGUCGUCUUUGUCAGAAUCCCAAAGACAUCUGAAGCAGGCUCAGGGACUGCGUAA